CCCCAGCGGCAAGAAGUUCCGCAGCAAGCCACAGCUGGCACGUUACCUGGGCGGCUCCAUGGACCUCAGCACCUUCGAUUUCCGCACUGGCAAAAUGCUGAUGAACAAGAUGAAUAAGAGCCGCCAGCGCGUGCGCUAUGACUCCUCCAACCAGGUCAAGGCUCUGGCUAAACGCCUCCCUGGCCCCUCCAACCCUCCAUGGACCCCGGUCGGAGCGGCCCGUUGCAGAGUCUUCUCCCCCCAGGGCAAGCCUGACCUGAACACUGCACUGCCUGUGCGGCAGACCGCAUCCAUCUUCAAGCAACCGGUGACCAAGAUCACCAACCACCCCAGCAACAAGGUCAAGAGUGACCCACAGAAGGCAGUGGACCAGCCAAGGCAGCUGUUCUGGGAGAAGAAGCUGAGUGGCUUGAGCGCCUUUGACAUCGCCGAGGAGCUUGUCAGAACCAUGGACCUGCCCAAGGGCCUGCAGGGGGUGGGCCCAGGCUGUACAGAUGAGACGCUGCUGUCGGCUAUUGCCAGUGCGCUGCAUACCAGCACCCUGCCCAUCACCGGGCAGCUCUCUGCAGCCGUGGAAAAGAACCCUGGCGUGUGGCUAAACACCACCCAGCCAUUGUGCAAAGCCUUCAUGGUGACUGACGACGACAUCAGGAAGCAGGAGGAGCUGGUGCAGCAGGUGCGCAAGCGCCUGGAGGAGGCACUGAUGGCGGAUAUGUUGGCACACGUGGAGGAGCUGGCCCGUGAUGGGGAGGCACCGCUGGACAAGGCCUGCACUGAGGACGAUGAGGAGGAGGAGGAGGAGGACGAUGAGCCAGAAUCUGAGCGUGUGUAGCACAGAUGCCCUGCCCAAGUCCCGGUUGCAGACUUUCCCUCAGCCUUGCCUGGACCAGGUGGGGCCAGGCCAGCAGGAUGCGGAUCUCCAUCCUCUUCCCAGGGCCUUCUCUAGCUCCCGGGUCUCAGUGCAGGGAGCCCCCUGUGGGCCUUGGACUCAUUUGCUCCUUCACUCCCUGGCAAGAAGCCCCACACUGGGAGGCCCCCUUCACCCUGGUCACCUUCCUGACUCCUCACCAUAGGAAGAGGCCCUGCUCGGCACCAAGAAGCUACAAGCUUUGUUGGGCACCGGAGGAAGGUUCUGGAAACACACCUGGCUGUUCCUGCCUUUCAGUGUCAUGGGCCAGGGUCUGAACUGCUGCCGGGGUCUCGGGGUUGCCCAGCCUCCCUGAGCUGAGGGCCAGCAGCCAGCCAGGAACUCACUUCCUUCAAUAAACCGAUGGUAGGAACUUCUCA